AUGGGAGGUCGUGAAAUCAUUUCAAUCCAUAUUGGUCAAGCUGGAGUACAACUUGGAGAAAGUUGUUGGGAAUUGUAUACAUUGGAACAUGGUAUUGGUAAAGAUGGUACACUUGGUGAGAAACGUCAACAACACCAAACAAACGGUAACGGUCAUUUUAAUGGAAAUGAUCAGUACGAGCAAGAUGAAGGGUCGCUGUCCACUUUCUUUUCGCUCUCGGGUAACGGUAAAAAGGCUGUUCCACGUGCACUGUUUGUGGAUUUCGAUCCCAGUACCAUCGACGAGGUGAAAAACUCUGAUUACAAGGGUCUCUUUCAUCCCGACUAUAUGAUGUCUGGCAAGGAAGACUCGGCCAACAACUUUGCUCGUGGUCAGUACUCGUUGGGCAAGGCAAUGGUUGAAGGAUGUCUGGACAGAGUCCGCAAGCUGGCCAACGAGUGCGAGAGUCUGCAAGGAUUCCUCAUCUUUCACUCGGUAGGUGGUGGCACAGGCUCUGGAUUCGGGUCGCUCCUCUUGCAACGUCUCUCAAUGGACUAUGGCAAGAAGAGUAAACUAGACUUUUGCAUCUAUCCAUCGCCACACUUGUCAACCGCUGUCGUUGAGCCAUACAACUCGGUUCUGUCAACACACGCCCUACUUGAAAACACCGACAUCUCGUUUAUGCUCGACAACGAAGCCAUCUAUGACAUUUGUCGCAAGUCUAUUGGAAUCGACCGUCCUUCGUACACCAAUCUCAACCGUUUGGUCGCACAGGUCAUCUCGUCAGUCACUGCAUCGUUGCGAUUCCCAGGUUCUCUCAACGUAGACAUUACCGAGUUCCAAACCAACCUCGUUCCAUUCCCACGUAUCCACUUUGCUCUGUGUUCAUACGCACCUAUCAUCUCUCGUGAAAAGACCAUGUUUGACACCUACUCGGUGUCGACUAUUACCAAGGCUGCCUUUGAGCAAUCGUCCAUGUUUGCCAAGAUCGAUCCUACUCAAGGCAAGUACAUGGCAUGUUGUCUCAUGUACCGUGGUGAAGUCGCUCCAACCGAGGUGCACAAGGCUGUUGGUGCCAUCCGUAGCUCUGACAAGUCAGUCUCGUUUGUCGACUGGUCACCAACCGGUUUCAAGUGCGGUAUCAACUGUGAGAAGCCCAAGAAUGUCCCAGGCGGUGACACGUACGCUCCCGACCGUGCCGUCCUCAACAUUGCCAACACCACCGCCAUCUCUCAAGUUUUCAACCGUAUCAACCAAAAGUUUGACCUCAUGUUUUCCAAACGUGCCUUUGUCCACUGGUACGUCGGAGAAGGUAUGGAAGAAGGUGAAUUCCAUGAUGCCAGAGAAGAUCUUGCUGCUUUGGAAAGAGAUUAUAUCGAAAUCCUAACAGACAAUGAUCAUCAAAAUGGAAAUCAUCAAGAUGAUGAAAUAGAUCUUAGACGUGAAGCUGGAAAGUUUGCUAGUUAUAACUUUAGAGAAUACUCAAAGAGACGUGUAAUCAGUGGAUUCAAAGACAACAAGAAUGCAACAGGUGAAGAUUUAAAGCAACUCAUUACCUCUGGUUUGACUGAAUUGGAAAGUUUAAAGAGACAAACUAUCGUUAAUAGAUUAUAUGCUCAUAGAAAGAUUGUCAUUGAAUAA